AAAAAAACGUUUUUUUUUCUUCUUAAUAUUAUGAAUUUAUCAUUCUUGAAAACAUUUCCACACCAUGUAUCUGUGUCAGACACUGUAAUAGCAAUGCAUGUAGGUAAAACAGUUAUUCUUCAGUCUAUUUUUGCAAGUUUUUCUGUAGUUUCUAAAAGCUGAAAUAGCAGCAUGACUUGGAGAAACGUGGAUGACUGGGAAUGAAAACCUUGCAGCAGUUGCAGAUAUAUUACCGAUAUAUUCGGGGUCCCAGGACCGCACGGCCAAGCUGUGGUCACUGGCGGCGGAGGGGAUCGUGGGCAUGCUGGGGGUUUUUAGGGGCCACCGGCGCGGCGUCUGGGCUGUCUGCUUCUCUCCCGUCGACCAGGUGCUGGCCACGUCCUCCGCAGACGGUGCCACAAAUGUGGAGCCUGCAAGACUUCAGCUGCCUCAAGACAUUUGAGGGUCACGAUGCAUCGGUUUUGAAGGUGAUCUUUGUGAGCCGAGGCAUUCAGCUGCUCACCAGGUAACCACACACACGCAAAGCUUUUCUCCAGAACAAUCUUAUCUUCAUUUUUUACAGGUUAGUUCUGGAAACAAUCUGCGGUCUCAAUUAAUUUGUUUUUUUACAAAAGCUUCACUUUGUGCUGAGCACAAGGAAACGUGAGCUCCAAACCCUCAUCUGUGCUUAUCAUGUUUUAUCUGAUUGGCACGAUCCAAAAACUAGCUUUGGGCUCACGUGGACUAUUCAUACUUAAUGGAGAAAAAAAGUGAAAGGAAUUUUCUAUUGUUCUUGUGUUUUGACUGCUGGUGGCAAACUUUUACAAAAUUAUAUUAAAUCACCAGCUUGGUAGGAAAACACUUGAUACUUAAACUGUAGCUUUUUGUUUUUUCCAACUGUGAGUAGCUGCUUUGUGUGAGAAUAGUGCACUUUCACUACACACUCAAAAAUCUGUUUCAUUUUUCAUCUGUAUGCUGACUUUAAAUUAAUAUGCCAAUUCGUUUUUGAUUUAAUCGUAAGGUGAACGAAAAGUUCUGAGAACCCAAAACAACUUUUUGUCACAAUUACAGUCCAAAAGGCAACGACAUUCUGUUUAAAGUGAUUAGAUGUGAGAGGCUCAAACCAGAAAACAUCUUCCAUUUUUACUUGAUUAAACAACUGUAACGUAAAAGAUAUAUCAAAAUAUAAUCGACUCAUUUUCUGUUGAUUGAUUAAUUGUCUCCGCCUCUUUUUGAGUUUACGUUCUCCUUUCCCUUCUCCAGUGUCAACGUAGACACACUAAACACCUCACUAGAGUUAGCAUAGAUUGUAGUAUAGACUUGUGUUUUAUCUGCAUUGUUGUGGAUCCCCCUCACACUGUUGUAACUCAACUCUCCCAACUGACGUUCUGUCCUUAGUGGCUCCGAUGGUUUAGUAAAGCUGUGGACCAUAAAGACCAACGAGUGUGUGAAGACGCUGGACGCCCACCAGGACAAAGUGUGGGGUCUCCACUCCAGCCACGAAGAUGACAAGAUGGGGACUGGUUCAGCCGACUCCAACAUCACCGUGUGGGUGGUAAGUGUGAUGUGAUUGAUAGUCACCUGUUGAACAGAGGACGCAGAGAGAAUGAAGCUGCAUCGAUUAGCAGUCAAACUUCAUUGCCGGGUAAAAAGAGCAAAGAGUUUUUCUUGUCUUCACUCAUAACUGUCCUUUGGGUAAUAAAUCACUCAAUAAAUGCAAGAAAAUUUAAUAAAAAUGCAAGAGUUAUUAUUUAACAACUCAGAAAUCUAUACAUUUUUAAAACAAUGUCCUUUAAUCACCUGCUUCAAGACCUCCACCAUCAUCCUCGUCCAACAAAAAACAAGGAUCACAGGCAGGGGCGUCGUUGUAAAAAGACCGUAUUUCAGAACGGGAUGAACACCUGUGAAAUACAAUGCAAUAGCCAUGCAACACGUACUGCUUUUGAUGAAGAGUGGGCGACGUGAUUGGAUUUAAUUGCAUUGUUUUACGAAUAAGUGAACGAUUCUACAGAAGGGUAACGACACAGGGAUGCAGCACCCUAACCAUAUAAAUAGGUAUGGAAUUUUGAAGAAAAAAAUGUAGUAGUAAUGUUUACUGUGUUUAAAAUAAAACAAUCUAUAAAUAAGUAGCUACAUAUUUGCAACCAUGAUGCCUGUGAUAAAACAUUAUAAAGCCUGAGUGUUAUUUAUUGUUUUGUACCACAUGUUAAGGCCUGGCUCCUUCUGACUUGCCACAGGAUUAAUGUCCUCAUUUGAGAAUCACUCUUGUUUAUCACUCUUGUGAAUUUCAGUUUGUGCUCGAUUCCCAACUACUGUACUGUAUAAGAAUCAUUUCAUAGCAUUGAAUUAAUUUAUGUAAAAAGGUUUUCAAAUCUCAGACUCUGUUGAAUUAAUAGUUAUUCAUGCACCAAAAUAAUUAACUGUGUUCGUAUUGUCGACGGACUAAAAGACCGGAUUUCAGAACGGGAUGAACACCUGUGAAAUACAAUGCAAUAGCCAUGCAACACGUACUGCUUUUGGUGAAGAGUAGGGGACGUGAUUGGAUUCAAUUGCAUUGUUUUAUGAAUAAGUGAACCAUUCUACAGAAGGGUAACGACACAGGGAUGCAACACUGUAACCGUAUAAAUCUCUGUGGCUUUGUUUCAGGUGAAAGACCCUUCAGAUGCAAUCAGUGCAACAUGAGUUUCAUUCAGAAAUACCUUCUCCAGCGACACGAGAAAAUCCACAGUGGAGAGAAGCCAUUCAGCUGUGACCAGUGUAACAUGCGUUUCAUUCAGAAGUACCACAUGGAGAGGCACAAGAGGACUCACAGCGGAGAAAAGCCGUACAGAUGUGAGACCUGCCAACAGUAUUUUUCUAGGACAGACCGACAGCUUAAUUUGGAUUUGGCCUCUCUGGACUCCUCCAAUCCUUCCUACCAGAUCGAAAACUUUGCCCAGGCCUUUGGCUCCCAAUUCAAGUCGGAUGGCCGUGGCCUGUCUUACGGCACCGACUCUAGCGGGGAGGUGGAUCACAGGAUACGGACGCCUGUGUCUGAAUUCUCAGGGUAUAGUAGUUUGUUAUCUGAUGUCAAUGAGCCAGUAAGUACAGGUUCCAAAACUACAACAAGCCAAAGCUACAGAUGAGAGCCUGAGAGGGAGAGAACACGGGUUAAAUUCUGUUUUAUUUUUUUGUGCUCCUAUUUUAUUAUUGUUAUUUUUUUAAGUGACAUCUUUGUAAUUAUUCAGAUUCUGGUUCUGUGCCCACUCCUCUCCCCACAAUAAGCCCACAGGGCUUCCUGCAAAUGCAAUUCUUUUUUUUAAAGUAUGUUAUUUUUAAGUUAAAUAUGUAUUUACUGUUUGUUCUCGUCAUAUUAGUGGCAUUAAGUCUGGUCAUAACUCAUGAACUGAAAGUACUUUUUUAAAUACGUGUAGCGUAGUACGGGACAUAUUUCUUUUACAAUGAGGUGUUUGAGCUAUCAACGUUACAAUUGUAAAACAAUAAUGAGAAUUAAAGCUGCGAGCAGUGAUGAACGGGCCCUCGCAUCUUCCAGCGUGUCGGGGGUGGCGGCGGGACUCCGGCCUGCGCGGCAGAGAACGUCCGCGACCGUCGGACAGCGCGUCCGCGAGUGAGACGUAUUUAAUCUUGCGUGGACCGCCUGAUGUUGGAAAUGAUGCUUUGCAAAUAGUUCGAUGCUCCCU